UCUCUCCGAAACAGAGAGUGAGUGCCAAACGUUGACAAUAACAAAACGAACUAAUGAAAUGCUUUCAACCCGUAAUCAAAUACAUUGUGCUUAGUUGGGCUGUGCUCUUAAAGAAGUGCGUACAACGGACAAAACUCAACAAAAUGUCAUUAAAAUAUUUCUAUGAUUUGAUGUCACAGCCCUCUAGGGCCUUGUACAUUAUUCUGAAAAUGAGUGGGGUGCAAUUUGAAGAUUGUCCGGUCGCUCUAAGGAAUGGCGAACAUUUAACUGAAGAAUUCAAAACAAAUAUCAAUCGCUUCCAAAGAGUUCCAUGCAUAAUUGAUGAUGGCUUUAAAUUGGCAGAGAGUGUUGCUGUAUUGAGAUACCUUAGCGCCAAGGGAAAAAUUCCCGAAUAUUUAUAUCCCAAAUAUUUUGUUGAGCAGGCUCGUGUCGAUGAAUUCUUGGAAUGGCAGCACAUAACAUUGCGCAUUACAUGUGCCCUGUAUUUCCGCACCGUUUGGUUGGAUCCCUUGUUGACGGGCGUGAAACCUUCAGCUGAAAAGGUGGAAAAUUUAAAGGCACACAUGGAAAUGAAUUUGGGUAUUGUAGAAAAUGUAUGGCUGGAAAAGACCGAUUUUUUGUGUGGCAAUCAAAUGACAGUGGCUGAUAUUUUUGCUGCAUGUGAAAUUGAACAAACACGUAUGGCUGAUUAUGAUGUACGCAUUAAACAUCCCAAAAUUCGUGCCUGGUUGAAACGCGUGCGGGCCGCCUGCAAUCCUCAUUAUGACCAUGCCCAUCAAUAUGUGUACAAAAUUUCGGGUACAGCACCAAAUUCUAAAUUGUAAAAAUCGUAACAGUUUUGUUAAUUUAAAAAAAAAAAAUAGUUUUGAUGCCAUUAGACUACAGAAGAUGCACUUUUCGUAUUCGUGAUAAAUUAAAUCUAUGUGUGGUGCUUCCGUUAUAACUAAUAAAAGACUUCAUAUGUUCUUACAAUAAA